UAGACACCAGACAUAACCUGGUUCAAGUCCGCCACAGGAAAUGACUAAUGAGCACAUCUGCACAUGCUCUUUUCAUUGGACACAAGUCUAAGUUGGCCGAGUAAACAAAGCAAAAUGGAGGCAGAUACGGGUGAUGCCAGUGACUUGGCAAGUGAUGUUUCUAAUUCUAAAAUUCCGACAAAUACUGCCGUUGAAUCUAGCGGCCCUGAGGACGACGAACACGAUGAUGACGAACUGCCAAGUGUUCAAUUCGUCAAAAGUGUGUGUUUCAAACGAUUAAUUCAAAUAUCAAUCGUGGUGAGUGCAAUCUCAGUCGGUAUGAAUAGUAAGAAGACGUUUGAAAAAUACAGACAAUUGUGGUAUGUUACCUUAACGCUUGAUAUUUUUGUCCUAUUAAUAUUUCUUAUUGAAUCGCUCAUGGAUAUGAAAAUUUUUGGCUUAUGGAAAGGAGAAAGGGCAUUUCUAAAGAAUCGUUUCAAUUUAUUCAACUUGGGGAUGCUGAUAUUUAUUGUAAUGUCAAUAGUAUUGCAAAUUGUCGAGGGACCGAAUUUUUCUGGAUACGUCCCAGAGUAUUUAAAGGUUAUAGCACGGGCACCCCGCUCGUUUAUUCUUAUACGAGUUAUGAAAUACUUCAUGAAUAUAUCGCUAUUGAAUCAGGUCUCCCGACGCUCUGGUAAACAAAUCAGAAACGUUACGACAUUUUUAGUCUAUUUUAUGAUCCUUGCCUCAUUAAUCGGCGUCCAGCUUUUCGGGGAGGAGAGCUAUUACUGUGUGAAAAACGGUACUGAUAUUAAAAAUGUUACUAAUAAAGACCUCAAUUUGCCAGAAAUACGUUGCUAUAUUGAUAACAGCCACCAGAGUAAAACAGUUUGUCCGGAAGGUUUUGUCUGCCACAGUUUGAGGCUCGAUGACAGUAAACGAACAACGUAUUUCGAAAAUAUAUGGUAUGGAUUUUUGACUGUGUACGAGAGCUCAACACAAGAAGGAUGGGUUCUUGUGAUGUACGCGCAAAUGAACAGUCAGAACUAUUAUGUUAGUGCGGUUUAUUUCGUAUCACUGAUAUUCUUUGUGGCUUGGUUGGUUAAGAGCGUUUUCAUCGCCGUAAUUACGGAAACAUUUGCUGAUUUGCGAUCGCAGUUAUAUUUAAAGAACUGGCGAACUAAUCGCAGAAUUACGGGCUUAUCAUCUGAAAUUAUACAAGACGAUGGCACUGGUUGGCACUUGGUUGCUAUUAAAGAAGAAUGGACGAAAACAAAAGCCUUCAAUCGCGCUAGACAAUUUCUUACAUCUAAAUACUUCCGGUAUAUGAUAUGGGCCCUGUUGGCAUUAGACGCUUUACUUCAACCUAACCUAGAUCCUCAUCCCAGACGUAUAUUACAACUAGUGUUCACAAUCAUAUUUGACAUCGAAAGCUGCUUUAAGAUUUGGUGUGUUGGCGUAAAAAGCUAUUGGAAAAUCCCAGUUUAUCGUUUUGAGUUAUUUUUGGCUGUAGGAAGCACGCUAUGUAUUGGGGCGGUUACAUAUGCAGAAGCUGAUAUUUUAGUUGCUUUUCAUGUUUUACGGGUGACACGUCUAAUCAUUGCUGUGCCAAGUCUCAACGCCUUCUUGCAUAAAGCAUUCGGAACAGGAACGAAAAUUGGUGCAGUCGUUAUCUUUACGUUAUUUCUGUUGGUUUUUGCGUCCACCCUAAGUCUACAGUUGUUCUCCGGCAUGGAUUUCGGUAACGACGGACCUUUCGAUGACUAUCUUAAAUCAUCCACUUCUAUGUUUCAAAUAAUAACCCAGGAGGGGUGGGUCGAAGUACUGGAUACAGUAAAGUACGCAUCCUCGCCAAUAAUUGCUCCACUUGUUAGUAUUUACUUCACUAGUUACAAUCUCUUCGCAUCACUUAUUUUAGGCAGUGUUUUUAUUGCUGUUAUUCUUGACAAUUUGGAAAUUAAGGAAGAGACAAAAAUAUUGAAACAGCGCAAGUUAGGUGAAGAAGGUUUGAAUAUUCAUGAAAGCCUACCAAAACGGCUGCAAAUAUUUGGAAAAUUCAAAGAAAGUCCAAGAUUAGUGGAAACGUGGAAAGUUUCAGGUGACUUUCCUGUGCCUAAAGUUCGACAAAGUUUUAUGAGAAAAUUUUUAGACGAUACACGAAUGCGUUUGUCAGGUUUCACAGCAAACCCUAGCGUCUACGAAGAUGCGUUAAUGACGCAAAGGAAAGACAUGCCAUUUAAGUUACUUAGUUCACCUGUCCCUGACGAUGUUCACACACUGAGAUUAAAGAAAAGAACCAGCCUGACACAACUUAUUCAAGACUCCACUCGAAGACGUAAUCUCACGGACUACACAGCGACACAAGGCCGUCAUACAGCAAAGUCAUAUCUAUUAGGCUACACAGCACGACAGAUCAAUCGUAACGCGGCGAAGUUAACUCAAGGAGCGCGUAAGACAUCGGAAAAAGCCGACAUGAACGCGUUACGACAAAUGAAAAGUCAAGGCGGACAUGGCGCAGCGACGUUGCCUCACAAUACGGGUUCAUCACGUAACAACGAGGACUGGAACAUCAGAGAAUUACGAGCUAGACGUGAACAAGCACAAAGGGUAAAAGCAGCCCGUGAGGAGUCUCUAAGAGAAAACCAUCCUUAUUUUGAUUUCCCGCUCUUCAUUGUGUCUCGUGACAGUCUGUUGCGUCAGUGGCUGCAAAGAAUUGUGCAUGCUCGAUAUGAGAUCGCAGGGAAUCAUGGGGAGGUGCAGUCGAAACGUCCCAUGAUUAACGAUGCGUUCAUUAAGAGAGUUUUAUCAACCCAAACCUAUUUGGAAUGGAUAAUUAUCCUCAUCACUUUCUCAUCCUGCGUCGCGAUGAUGUUCGAGAAACAUGACUAUCGAACAUUUGAUGUUCCCGUACUUGAAUUCUUCGAGUAUCUCUUCGUUGUUGCCACGAGUAUCGAGUUGCUGAUUCGUGUUCUUGCUGAUGGUCUGUUGUUCACACCUAACGCGGUCAUUCGAAGCCCCGGCGAUGUCAUGGAUAUCUCGAUUUAUUUUAUUGGCUUUAUUUACGUAUGCUUAUCCCCGUCGUCCAUUCCUCGUAACUCUGCGACGUAUGCCCUGCUUGUUCUUCGUGCUUUGAGACCGCUCAGGGUAAUCAACCUCAUUCCGAAAACGAGGCAAGUUAUUCAGGAGUUGUUUGGUGGAUUUAAAGAAAUCCUAAAAGUUGCAGCUCUACAAUUAUCAUUAAUGUUCAUCUUUGCAAGCUAUGGUGUGCAGAUGUUUUCAAACAAACUCAAGAGAUGUAACGACGACAGUGUUACAACUGAAGAGGAGUGUCAAGGAUUUUUUUACACCGCUUUAAGAGGGCCACAAGAAUUGCGUGAACUUGCAGGAGGAGAAAAUGAAAUGUUGGUCUCAAGAACAUGGCACAAUCCAAAAAGUUUUAACUUUGACGAACUUCUUAACGCCUUGAUAGCCCUGUUUGAAGCCCUCUCGCUCGAGGGUUGGUUAGACAUAAGAAAUGUUAUCGAAGAUCAAAAGAAUCUAGGGACAUUAUAUGGGUUUUAUAUUCAUGGCUACGUAUUACUGGCAUGUAUGAUCGGGCUGGCAAUGUUCGUCGGUGUUGUUGUUAAUAAUUUCAACGAGAACAAAGGAACAGCACUUCUUACUGUUGAUCAAAGAAGAUGGGAAGACUUAAGAAAGCGCCUUCGACUCGCCCAACCACUUCACCUCCCAUUGCGUCCUGAUGACAGUCCCGUCAGAUCGCGACUAUAUGACUUCUUACAGUCCACACUUUAUGGUCGAGUAAACGUCUUUUUGGUUGUCUUUAACUGUGCUACGCUAGCAGUUGUUCCGUGGAUAGUCGACCCUGAUUCUCCCAUUCCAAAGAAUUUGAUGCUGAUUUCCGUAGCAUUGACCAUCGUCUUUGUUAUUGAGUGCAUUCUCAAGAUCGUUGCGUACACCUUCAGAGGUUAUUGGAGAAGUCAUCGCAACCGUUUCGACUUCUUUUUGACUGUGGCCGGUGUUUUGUGGAUUAUACUUCACUUUGCUUUCGUCCAUAAUCAUACCCACGAAAGAAUGUACCGCGGGCCGGUUUGGUUAGGUGUUGCGAUAAUUUUGUUUCGAUUUUUAAGUCUGUCUGGUAAACAUGAUACACUGAAGAUGCUAAUGAUGACGGUCUUAAUGAGUUUAGUGAAGAGUUUCUAUAUUAUAUUUGUUUUGGUAUUAAUCAUCAUGUCCUAUGCAAUGAUCGGGGUUAUAGUGUUUGGCACUGUGAAACACGGUGUGGCCAUUAACAACGAUGCCAAUUUUGAAGGCAGUAUCAAUGCGAUGAUAAUGUUAUUUCGGAUAACAACUGGAGAAGAUUGGAAUAAAGUAAGACAAGACUGUGGGAUACAAGAACCUUACUGCACGGAAGCAACUGAAUCUGAGAAUUACUGGAAAUCUGAUUGUGGCACUUACGUUGGCUCUCUUUGUUACUUCAUAUCAUUCUACGUGACCUUAACGUUUGUUUUGUUAAAUUUACUUAUCGCGGUGAUCAUUGAAAAUUUCUCUUUGUUUUACUCGAGUGAAGAGGACGCAGCUCUGAGUCAUCAAGACUUAUAUCAAUAUCAGUUGACUUGGAAUCUUGUUGAUCAGAAUCGCAAAGGGUUUAUAACAGUACGUCAAGCUAGACUUGUUCUACGUUUGUUAAGAGGAAGACUUGGUGUGGAUCCGUCAACAUUUCUUUUCAAACAUAUCUGUCUCGAGAUUGAAAAGUUCCGCGGAGGACGUGAAGUGUCUUUCCACGACCUACUCGAGAUUUUAGCUUACCGUUCAAUUGAUGAUAUAUCCCGAAGUUUACAACUUGAAGAGUUGCUGGCUCGUGAGGAACUUGAACGAUCGAUUGAGGAGGAAGUUGCUAUACAAACUAUACGUGAUUGGUUUUUGAAUCUUAAGAAGGAGAAGGCGGUUAAAAGAGGACGUGGGUACUCGUUCGGAGCAAUAAGUUCCGCCUCAAGUGUUGAAACUGAAUCCAGUGAUAACGAAGAUCAGGAACAGUCCAAUAGACUGUCGGUAAAAACAUUUCAAAAACGAAACCUUAGUUCAAAAACCCAAACGCCAUCGAUUAGUGUUGUUGCAGUACCUCAAAAAGGGGAAGAGAAAGUAGAACAGAAAGAUGAAGGAGAUCUUGAAGAAUGGUUUACGAAUCAAAUCACGUAAUAAAAACGGAGGAUGCCGUUGACCAGUACUAGCGCAAGACUCUCCCAGUGCAUCGUAUAAUAUGAUAUCAAGAGGAGUGAUUUUCAUAUUUUAAACAAAAUUUCGCGAGCAAUGAUUUGAGGCCCGUUCAUUCGAAGGCUGUUUAGAUGACGGUGAUGGCUUCGUGAAUGACCGAACAACAUAAUCUUAUGAUACGUAAUGAGGUCAUGUACUUACUGAAGUUACAAUCAUAUUUGGUCUAACCGUGUGGUAAAAUCUGAUUUCAGAUUGUUUGAUGAAACGUGCUCUAUUUUAUUACACACUAAUCCACCGUUUAGCCUAAACUGACUUCGAUCAAUUGCGCUACGGGUGAUUUUAAGGAGCUUUUUGCUAUAAAUACAUAAUAUAUAAAAUAAAGUAUGCAUGUAUUUAAAGAUAUGGGAAAUUUUAUGAAUGAGUAGACACCUGACAACAGAGCCUCAUAAAUGUGAGGACACUCCAUAUGUACCAAAAUGACAGUUGUUGCUAUUCAUUGACCUAUGAUUGAUCUGAUGAAUGGACACUAAGUAUUUAUCUACCUUUAGGAUUAGCUUUAGGCCAGCUCAGACAAGCAAUUUUCGCCGCGAUUACAUAUUUCGACUAAGAUGCGAGCUGUGGAUAUGUGAUAAGGGCACCAUUGAAUCAAACUGUCUUGAUUUUAUCGAUAAAGAUUAGUUCGUGUCGAUCAAAACUGAACUGAAAAUCGCAGCAAAAACUGCAAGUUAAUGAUACAGCACCUUAAUGAUACUGGAUUUUCAUGGUUUAAUUGGGCAAGUUAAAAGGCAGAUUAUUUUAGCACCUUAAUUGGGCAGAAAUUUUAGGCCUAAACGAGCUUGUAUUUCUAUUUGAGUCAUUCGGUGCAAUUUCUGUUGUCAGACUAUAGUGUUGUGAAAUAUAUUGAGAAAAUGAAUAAGAAUUUAUAUAUUUAACUUAUUAAAUAGAAAUAAAAUUGUAUUGUAUAUUUGGAAAUCCAGUGUGUUCACCAUCUGUCAUUCUCGAUUCCCACUAUAUUUUUUUGCGUUUUAGUGGUUGCUUUAAAACUAGAAUACUUUACAACUUUGCCUUUUCCAAGUGUAGACUUUCUUGCAUGGUGAUUCAAAAUAUAUUAUUGCACGUGUUAAUUGCACCUGUUAAAACAGUGUUAUAACAGUGAGUUAACAAUUGAGGACAAAACAAAGAUAAAAUUAAACAGAUGGACAAGAAUAUAUUUAUUUAUUCAAUAAUGUAAUUGUCUACAACAAGGCAUCUUGAUAAUAAUUAUCACAAAACAUCCUCAUUGACAAAUACAUCUCUUGACCCUUGCUUGACAAAAACAUCUGCACUCUUGUUUUUUCCUUUUCUAAAAGUAAAGAAAGGCAAAGGUGACUAACCAGUGAAUGUAGUUGUUGACACUCAGGUGUUUUUCAGCAACAGGCUCCUAUAGAAGCCAAAACAUGGUCACAAUGCAAGCAUGAAACACAGACAGUGGGGAAACAGAACAAGGAACUUUGUUUUAGACCAAGU